GGUCAAUAAUUUUUCUCUCAUUCCUUUGCAGACUAGCAGCUCCCGGGAAAGGCUCCAGCGUUCUCUGCCCAAACAGCGUCGAUUCAGCGCCAUCUAUUUUCCGUUUUUUGAAGUUUCAAACCCGAGAGGCAGUUCCUCCGCUUACCACUAGAGGGCCUUCACUCACCCGCAGACAAACACUCAAAAUGAGAACCAUAAUAGAAUAAGUAAGAAGACUAUAGAAAAGGGAGAGAUAAAAGAAAGAAGAGGGAGAAGGCAAGGGAGAAGAACCACUCAUAAGGACUUCUUCACCCGUUGUUACAAAGGACCCUGUCGGCAGAAGCGACACUAAUCAAUCAAAUCAUUCUCAAAAUCAAACAGGAAUUACCAAAGAGCUUCCGGAUUCCCACCCGUCCCCACCAAGAAGCACCUGAAGCGAAUACCAUUACUAACCUCUAUCACCUACCAAGUACCAGUUGAAAAGACACUCCCGUCAACCUCUACCAGCUCAUCCCAACUCCAAGAAAUGCUCUAAAUACCUCUAUUUUUCUCCCCAUUGAACAAAAGCUCAUACCACCCCAAGCAUCACUCGGAGAGACACCGCUGCCACCAUUUAUAAAAGCUCAAACGCAGCUCUUGUUGUCUCUUUCUCACACUGGUAAAAAGUCUCGUCUCUUUCUCUUUCUCUCACUAGUGCAAAAUCUCUUUCUCUUUCUCCCACUCUUGCAGUCUUUUCUUUUUCUCUCACUGGUUCAAAAUCUCGCCUCUUUCUGUCACUGGUGCAAAUACUAAUCUCUUUCUUUUGCUCGUCACCAUCUCUCACUGGUUCAAAUUCUUGACCCUUUCUCUUUCUCGUCUCUUUCUCUUCAGUCCAAGUCCAAAUUCUCGCCUCCACCUCUCCCACUCCCAAAUCUCUCACCGGUGCAAAUUCUUCCUUUCUCUUCCACGUCUCUGUCUCUCCUGCGCCUCUAUCUCUCUCUUCGGGGCACUUUUUUGACUCUUCCUCUUCCACGUCUCUAUCACUCUCUCCGGUGCACUUUCUUGACCCUUCCUCUUCCACGUUUGUGUCUCUCCCCCACCUCUAUCUCUCUCUUCGGGGCACUUUCUUGACCUUUCCUCUCUCACGUCUCUUUCUCUCCCGCGCCUCUGCCUCUCUCUCUCUCUCUCUUCGGUGCACAUUCGCCGCCACGAUGCCUUACCAGGGAGAUCGCCAGGAGAAGCAGCCCGGCCAGUUCACGACAGACGUCAAGUACAUCAAGAAGCUACCUGGGGCUCUCAUCGUCGUCCAGCUGAUCUGCUGCUCCCUCGGCUUCAUCCUCGCCGUCUGUUCCUCGGUCAUGUGGAAGGUCAGGGCAGGUCACGGCUUCUUCACCUUCGUUUCCUUCAUCGCCUCCGUCAGCUGCAUCAACUGGCUGGUCAUCCACGUGUUCCAGAUCUACCUCCUCUUCAACAGGAAUUUCAACUGGAAUAUUUUGGGAUUGGCCCACAACGGACUCUGCGGUUUCCUGCUGAUGAUCGCCAGCUGCGUCAUGGUCGAGCUGGCAUCCGCGGCGAGGGCGCUGAGGGCAGCUGGGGUUUUCGGUUUUCUGGGCUUCACUGGCUUCCUCGCUGGCUUGGUGUGGGAGGUUAUGGUCUGGCUCAAGAACCGGGACGCCGGCCCAGGCUUCGCAACCGCCACUGUCGUCUCCGGGCUGGAAAGACCUGGGACCCCCGACAGCGGCAAUUCGGUGGACGUCGGGGAUGAGGUGGCCACCAGGGGCAACGAGGACGCCGAGGCCGCUGUCGGCUUCGUCGGGAUGAAGGCCAGGCCCGUGUCGUCGUUCCUGCAGGAGCCUCGUCAGAACGGCGGAGUGACCACGCCCAUGCUGUACGCCCCUGGGAAGGAGGGCGAGGAGGACCCCGACCGCCCACGCAGCAGAGGAGCCAUUUCGGAGCACUCGUCUGGCUCCUCUGUGGAAGGCGAGUGGCAGACGGCGUCCUGAGGCUUCGUUCGCUCGCCCGUUCGAAGCACAAGGUCGAGGAUUGAAGCUUGUGAAUCUUUUUUUUCCGAGAUGAAAUUUGGGAUUUAGUCUAAAAUCCUAUAUAAGAAGAAAGAAGGAAGACUUAUGUGAUUUUUUUUUUUUUGGCUACAGUGUGAUACUUGUGGUUUGUUUUUGACGCACAUUGCAGCUUGUGAAUCUUUAAAAAAAAAAUUUCCCGGCAUAAUGAAAUUUGUGAUUUAGUGUAAUACCCUAUAGAAGAAACAAAUAUGUAAUUUUUUUGCCACAGUGAUACUUGUGGUUUGUUUUUGACGCAGAUUGAAACGUGAUUUGUGAUUUGUGAAUCUUAUUUUCGGCCAAGAAUGAAACCUGUGAAUCUCUCUUUCUUCAUAGAGGGAAACCCUUUUUCAUACUUAUUUUGAGGCCUCAGUGAGUCUCUUGAGUCCCACCUGUAUCGCGAGGUCUCAAUGAAUCACUUAAAUGAAGCAUCAAACCACGAAUCAAAACAAUGAACCUUUUUUUAUUAUUAUUCGCACGGGGAUUCACGAAGACUUGUUGGAAAAAUGAAACCGAGAAUCGAAAAAAAAA